UUCGUCCAAAAAGUUGGCAACUCUGGUGCUAUUUAACUCUGCCCUGCUGUCACAAAUGUGUAUUUUUUUCUGACGCAAAAAUAAAAUUAUUGCAGAAAUUUAUAAAUUAAUUAAUUGUUGAACAAAAACUUGAAAAAAUGGAAGGUGAAGACGGCUUCGAUCCCACUUUGUUGAAAAAGAAGAAGAAGAAGAAGACUACCUUCGAUUUGGAUGCCGCAUUGGGACUCGACGAUGCUGUCAAGAAAGAGGAUCCUACAGAUGAGGGAAUUGUUGAUCCCGCAGCAGCCGAAAUGGAUGAUAAUCUCGAUCUGGAGAGCUUCGGCAAGAAGAAGAAGAAAAAGAAGAAGCCCUUCAAUUUAGAUGAACUGGAAGGUGCCUUGCCCGAUGGCUCGGAUGAUGCCAGUGCCGCUGUGGCGGCUGAAGAUCCGGAAGAGGAGGAAAUCAAUCUGGACAUGGACUUUUCAAUGGCUAAAAAGAAGAAGAAGAGCAAAAAGAAGGACUUGGAUGAGUUGUUCGCCGAUAAAUUGGAUGACGAAAGAAGCGAGGACAAAGAGAAUGUUGAGGAUAACAGUUCGACUUGGGCCGGUUCCGAUCGUGACUACACAUAUGACGAAUUACUGAAACGUGUGUUUGAGAUUAUCCUGGACAAGAACCCAGACAUGGCCGCUGGACGCAAACCCAAGUUUGUGAUGCGACCUCCUCAGGUGCUACGUGUGGGAACCAAGAAAACGUCAUUUGCCAAUUUCAUGGAUAUUGCGAAAACUUUGCAUCGUCUGCCAAAGCAUCUGUUGGACUUCUUGCUGGCGGAGUUGGGCACAAGCGGAUCCAUGGAUGGUAAUCAGCAGCUGAUUAUCAAGGGUCGCUUCCAGCCAAAGCAGAUCGAAAAUGUGCUGCGUCGCUAUAUUAAGGAAUAUGUCACCUGUCACACCUGCCGCUCCCCGGAGACAAUACUGCAAAAGGAUACCCGUCUAUUCUUCCUGCAGUGCGAAUCCUGCGGUUCUCGUUGCUCCGUUGCUAGCAUUAAGUCUGGUUUCCAAGCUGUCACCGGCAAGCGUGCCGCCAUUCGAGCAAAAACAACAUAAAA